AUAAUAAAUUAAAUGUGGUGGCAUGUAGCAACAAAAUACAUUUAGUUAUACAUAAAUACCUACAUACAUCUAAACAUACAUAACUUUGUAUGUAUUUUAUAUGUUUUUAGUAGAAAAUUCAUUAAAUGUAGCAGCUUUUAGUUUAAAGCUAGUAUUCUCUUUCACAUAAAUUUUAGUUUAUUAUUGGAAACAAUUUUUUGAAUGUGUAUGUACGUUUAUAAAUUCUAUUCUAAAUUUUAAUUAAAAUUUCAUAAAAACAAACCUACGCCAACAAAAAAAAAAACUACUCUAAUACAUAACUAAAAAUUAUACAAAAAAAAUCUAACCUAAAACCCCGCAUUGAAUUGAAAAUAAUCAUCAUGCGUCUGCCUUAUCGCAAUAAAAAGACCACCCUUUGGGUCAUGUUUGCUAUUGUUGUUGUCACAAUGUUUUUAUUUAAAUUUACGGAAUUGCGUCCAAUGUGUUUCUUCAGAGACGAAUCAUCACCUGCAGCUUCUGCGGCUGGUCAAGCUAUGAUGGUAAGAGGAGAUGAGAAAUAUGUUGAAGGAGACAAUCAAAAAGUUUAUUCAUAUAAUAGAGAGAUGCCAUUAAUUUUUAUUGGUGGUGUCCCAAGAUCGGGGACCACAUUAAUGAGAGCGAUGUUAGAUGCACAUCCAGAUGUGAGAUGUGGCCAGGAAACUCGUGUGAUACCUAGAAUAUUACAAUUACGUUCGCACUGGCUGAAAUCGGAAAAGGAAUCGCUGCGUCUGGUGGAGGCUGGCAUUACCAAAGAAGUCAUGAACAGUGCUAUUGCUCAAUUUUGUUUAGAAAUCAUAGCUAAACAUGGUGAUCCAGCGCCUAGACUGUGCAACAAAGAUCCCUUAACCUUAAAAAUGGGCACAUAUGUGAUAGAACUGUUUCCUAAUGCUAAAUUUUUAUUUAUGGUCCGAGAUGGUCGUGCCACGGUACAUUCAAUUAUAUCACGCAAAGUAACCAUUACUGGCUUUGAUUUGACCAGCUAUCGCCAGUGUAUGCAAAAAUGGAAUCAUGCCAUCGAAGUCAUGCACGACCAAUGUAAAGAAAUUGGUAAAGAACGUUGUAUGAUGGUCUAUUAUGAACAAUUGGUGUUACAUCCGGAGGAAUGGAUGCGUAAAAUAUUGGAUUUCCUUGAUGUACCCUGGAAUGAUUCUGUUUUACAUCAUGAAGAAUUUAUCAAUAAACCUGGUGGUGUUCCUCUCUCCAAAGUUGAACGUUCAUCGGACCAGGUAAUUAAACCAGUUAACUUAGAGGCUCUCUCAAAAUGGGUGGGAAAUAUACCCGAAGAUGUCGUAAGGGAUAUGGCCGAUAUAGCACCAAUGUUAUCUGUACUGGGUUAUGAUCCCUUUGCAAAUCCACCGGAUUAUGGUAAGCCAGAUGCCUGGGUAGAAGAUAAUACAUCUAAGCUAAGAGCCAAUCGAAGAUUAUGGGAAAAUAAAGCGAAAGAAGUGUUGAAAAUGUCACCACAACAACUUAAAAAUUCCAAUACAGAUGAAGACGAUGAUAAUAACAUCAAUGAAACAUUUGCUCCAGGAAAUACAAAUAUCAACAGUAAUAAUAAUAACAACAACAAUAAUAACAAUCAUAAUAAUAACGACAACAACGAUAACAAUCAAUUCCACCAUCCUGUUAAUAAUAAUAAUGCGGACGCUAUAAUGCAACAACAUCUACAACAACAGCAGCAACAAUUGCACGAAGAAAUGGAUCAAAAUAAUAUGCAGUAUGAAGAUAUUAACGAUAUCAAUAUGUUGCAACAACAGCAGCAGCAACAUCAACAACGCCAACAUUUUACAGAUGAAAAUGUUUAUAGAAAACCAAAGGAUAUAAUAACAAUAAGACAAUUAAAUACACAAUCCUUAAAAGAAAGUAUAUAAUAACAACUUUAAAUAUUAAGAAUUUCUUAGGCCUCCUACUACUACUACUACUACAACUGCAUUUUAUAAUGAAAUAGCUUAAACAACAAUUUAAUGAAUGAUACUAAUUUCGUUAAUGAGGUAGUUGGAAAUGUAUCCUUGGGCUAGGGAAACCUUUUCCCACACCACUUUAUACAAAACAUUAAUGGCCGCUCAAUUGUACAGGUUUUUAUAUUAUUAUUUUUUAUUUUUGUAUAAAAUUUAAUUAAGUUUUUUUUAAAUAAAAAUUAAUUUUACUUUUAAAAAAUUUUCAGUAAAUUUAUGUUAAAAUUAGUUUUACAAUUUUAUUUAAAUUUAUUAAUUUUUUUUAAGUUUUGGUUUAAAGAAACUGAUUGUUGAGAAGGUACAACAGUAAAGGUUUUAAAAUAAAACGCAAAAAAAUCAUUUUUUUACGAAAUUUUCAAGGAAUGUCUCGGAUUUUUGCUAAUUUUUAAUAAGAAACUUCUCUAAACUUUUCGAUCGCAACAAUAUCUGAGAUCGUCAGAAAAUUGACUUAAACAGACGGAAAGGCAGACGUAAAUAUCUUCAAUGUCUCCGCUAUCUAUAAAGAUCCAGAAUAGCCCAUAUGAGAUUUCUCGCGAAGUUGUAAAAAUUGUCCAAAAAAGAAAAGAAGUUAUUGUGGAAAAAUGGCUGCCUACAAAACCCCUUUUCAAAUAUAUAUUUUUUUUAGAAUUUUGCUUUUCUUAAAAAGAUUCUUAACGAAAAAAUCUUAAAAAAUUUAAACAGUGUCAAACAUCAAUACUACACUUAUCAUAACCAAUGUCAAAUCUCCUAAAUAUUUUAAUUAAUUUCUAAUAUAGAAAAGUUUUCCUUACUUUUACGCCGUACCAUUACAAAAGUCACAACAAACCUCAAAUAUUUCCAUUUUCAUUGAACAGGAUAUGUGAGAACAAAAAGACAUACAAAUAGAUUCAAACUACAAUGACAUCAUCGUCAGUAUACUUACAUAUAUGUUCAUGCAUAAAUGAAUAUUGUUGCAACUAUUUCAUUUUAUAGGUUUUCUAUUCGUUUUUUUUUUUUUUUUUUUUGUU